AUGGCCUUAAGUAAUGAUGAACUCGCCUGUGUUUAUGCAGCACUUAUCUUAGCUGAUGAUAAUGUUGAUAUUAAAGGUGACAAAAUUGCAUCAAUAUUAAAAGCUGCCAAUUAUGAAAUUGAACCAUAUUGGCCUGGUCUCUUUGCUAGUGCAUUAGAAGGUGUUAAGGUAACAGAUCUUAUUAAAAAUGUUGGUUCAGCUCCAGCCGCCGGUGCACCCGCACAAGCCGCUGCUCCAGCUGGUGGUGAUAAGAAAGGUGCUGCCGCUAAAGAAGCACCAAAGAAAGAAGAAAAGAAGAAAGAAGAAUCCGAUGAAGAAGGUGAUGAUAUGGGCUUCGGUUUAUUCGAUUAA